GGACUAGGACAUGAAGAGAGGAAUCAAGGUGAACGAGGUGACGUCAGUUCCUCAAUGAGGUGGGAGGAGCCAAAGAUUAAUACCUGAGAGGCGGAUUCAACAAGCAGCUAAAACUCGGGCUCAUCACAUACGAGCUUAGCUUCUUAUCUACCUGGACUGCCGACACCGUCAAAGCUUAAUUUUUCAGAGAUGUGUGGCAGGCCUUUUCACUUGGAGGAUGAUAGCCGCUGCAGGAAGCGAAAAAGAGUCGGCUCUGUUCAGCCUGGAUGCGCCCUUAUCAAGUGUGGCAAGGCUUUUUACUUGGAGGACAAUAGCCGCUGCAGGAAGAGGAAAAGAGUAUCCUCUUGUCAGGAAACCUCUGGAGCUGGCUGUAACAAGGUCCAGGAUUUCAUCCCAGAGGCCAAAGCUUCCAGUUGUCCUGACCUCCAUCAGGUCAUCACUGUAACACAACUUAGCACUGCUGCUCUGACACCUGCGCGGGCCCAAGGAUUCACUGAGCCAUCAACUACUUCUCCUGUCCAGGAUUUAUUCCCCACUCCUCAGGCCUCUCCCACUGAGCUGAGCCCCGGUGGUGUCCUGGAGCAGAGAGAGACACCUCUGUUGAUCCAUGGAUACACCGUAGAAGAGUAUCAGAAGAUCUACCACUCUGUAGUGGAUGAUAUGCUCAAAUAUAAAAAUGGGCGGCCCCGGCCAUAUACUGUUCAGCUUGGCCGUAUCAUAAAACAGCGCCUCUGGGAGAAACUUAACUGUCCACAGAUUAGUUUACAAGAGGGUGAUAAUGGACUACUGAUGGUCAGUGAAUUACAUGAGGACAAUGUUUAUCCUCCUCUUAUAGAAGUGGACAUCUCACAUGAACCGGAUCCCCGGGAGCCUUCUUGGGGAAGGAAAGCAAAACAUUGCUAAAUACAAACAUUCUGUAGAAAAAAAUCAAAUUGUAAAUAUUGAUCAAAAGACUCAAAAAGACUGAAAUCAGCUGUAAAUAUUAAACAGACACAGGCUUGACCUUGAUACAAGAAAAAACUCUGGCACAAAACUCAACUGCGACCUCUGACAUCGAGUUACAUCUCAUUCUCCACCUACAGCAGCAAACAUCCAUGCUCCAUAUUCUACCUCAUGCAUCCUGAACUUUAAGUGAACCCAGCCUUCCAUCAACAUCUUUCAGGAGCCACCCACAGCCUCAUUUUUUGCCGCUUCAAUCCAGCAGCCUCCGAAGCCUCUCAUCCGAAGCCUGACCCGAAACCUGCAGCUUCUCCCAGUGCACGAUUUCCACCUUUGUCUGCAGCCGCAGUUGAUUACAGCAGCUUUAUGCCACCAGCUCAGACUCAAGCCUUAAAUGGCAGCAUCCAGCGUGAACCCUGAUUCUUGCAGUCUUUUCCAGCAAUGAGAAAGUGUCUGCAGCAUCUAUACAUUGUGCAAUUUCACCUGUAGCCUUUAGAUCUGCCAACAUCCAGCAGCCAGAUGUUGCCUCUCCCUUAAUAUAAGGCUCUGAAAGCAAACAACAGCCUCCUCUAACCGUCAGCCUGCAUCCCACAUCCACUGAGUGUGAGAUAACUUUUAAAUGACGACAGCAUGUUUAAGGUUUUUCCUCAGCAUGAUGAAUAUGUAAUGUGUUUUCACUUUUUUUCUAAUAUGAUGAUUGGAUGUUUUUAACCAAACAUCAAGCUGCUGCCUGGGCUCCCCGCAUCACUGAGCAGAUUUGAAGUCUGGGGACCAGAAUUGCAGCUCAAGGAAGAAGACUACCCGCUGUGUAGCCCAGCAGACAUAUGUACAGUCUCUGGGGGGAAAAUCACUGCUCUGGGAAGCUGCAACCUGUAGUGAUAAUCAGCAUAAUCAUCUCCACUUUCUUGAGAUGUUUUUUGUUUGUUUUUUUAUGUGAAAAAUGUAUUUUGCAAAUAAAACAAUGCGAGUGAAAAA